AUGACCUUGGGAUUAGCAAGGUUAAAUACAGGAUGGAGCGUAAAAACGUCCGCUUUAGGUUGCAGUUCAAGUUCGUCGAAGUCCCAACCGCUAGCCGCUGAAGAACAGGAGGCCAUCGUCCAAGUUAUACAGAGAGCCGAAAAAAUCGACGUUUCAGAACAGGAAAGAAUAGGCAAAUUAGUGGAAAGGUUAGAAAAUAUGCGCCGCUGCGCUCUCGGCAGGAAUCCUUCGCAGUGUUUAUUGUGCGGAGACGCGUUUGGAAUGUUGGGGGCGCAGAAGGUCUUGUGCCUGGAUUGCCGGAGAUUGGCAUGCCAAAAAUGCGCCAUAGAAUUUUAUGGGAACAAAAGUCAUUGUAAUUCCAAGGAAAAUUGGUUGUGCAUGAUAUGCGCCGAGACUAGGGAGAUAUGGAAAAAGUCUGGCGCUUGGUUUUUUAAGAGCAUCCCCAAAUAUAUUUUACCAGUAGAAACGCGUUUCGUGCGUAACAGGAGCGUCAGGAUGUCCAGGAAGCACAGGGACGAGGAUAGCAGUUCCGACGAGGAGAAAAGGGUGUGGAACAAGGUUCAACGAAGAAAUUCCAGUACGGAAAGUACACACGAUAUCCAGGAUCAAGAGCCUCACCAAAACUUCCCAAUGUCAAAUUACAGCCGGCAGACGAGUUCCAAUGAGUCGCAGAUGUCCAAGGACGUGGAACCGUUAAAAAACUACAUGAGCACCGUCACGUUGAGCGAAAUAAGGAGUUGGGACGACUCGGGAACCGAGGCGAAAGGGGAAACUGAAAGUUCGGAUGCUUCUAGAAGAGAAUCGAUGGCCAGCAGGUCCAUGUCGGACUGGAACUGGUCAGACACCAGAAGCGACGACAAAAUAUCACCCAGUACGUGUAGCAUUAACAGCAGUAUAUUCAAGAGUUCGUCUGAAGAACACAAACCCGUGGACAACCCCAUGGGGAUAAUAGAGCUCUCACUAAAUUACGACCAAUUAACCAACACCCUACACUGUACCGUCUACAGGGCAAAAAAUCUGAUCCCCAUGGACAUUAGCGGUCUGUCUGACCCUUUCUGCAAGUUAAAUAUAUUACCGACAGCCAAAGUGUCUACUCGCCUCAGGACGAAAACGGUGCACAAGACCAGGAAUCCAGAGUUCAACGAGAACCUGACAUUUUACGACAUCACCGAGAGCGAUCUGAUGAAGAAGUCCCUGCACAUACUGAUGGUGGACGACGACAAGUACGGGCACGACUACAUGGGUGAAACCAGGAUAGCCCUAGCUAAGCUGAAAGUGCAGAACACGAUGUAUUUAACGGUGCCACUGGAGAACUUGCGCUCAGAACAGAAGGGUCCGCUGCCAGCGCCGGAGAUGAACGAGUGGUUCGAUGAUCUGUGGUCUCGUGGGCAGAUAUUGCUGUCCCUCUGCUACAGCACGAAGAGGAGGGCGCUCUUGGUGACGGUCGCCAGAUGCGUCAACCUGCUCCCAAUGGACAAUAACGGAUUCUCUGAUCCCUUCGUCAAGCUUCAGUUGAAACCGGAUCCAUAUCAUAGAAAACACAAAACUUCGAUCAAAUGGAAGAACUUGAAUCCUGUUUAUAACGAAGAGUUUGCCUUUGAAACAAGACCAACCGAGUUGUACACACAGAGUCUCUAUAUCACAGUUUUCGACAAGGACUACGGAAAGAGCAACGAUUAUCUUGGCGGUUUGAUUCUAGGAGGAACAGGGUCAAAGGGUCAAAGAUUGAAGCACUGGUUAGAUAUGAUCAGGUACCCGGACCAUAGGCACGAACAGUGGCACAAUUUGACAGAAGACGUCCUUGAAUAAAUGU